AUGCCAUCUCUGGUGAAAGAAUGCAUUAAGAAUGCGCUCAAGAGUUUUGAUCCAAACGGUAACGACAGUGAUAUUCUUGUGGCCGUCCGUUCGUCCGCCUGUGGCGAAGACUCUGAAGACAUGUCAGCCGCCGGACAAAUGAGCACAUAUUUAGGGGUCAAAGGUUUAGAGGAUAUAUGCAAUAAUGUAUUGAAGUGUUGGUCCUCUCAAUUCAAUGUAAUCGCUGUCGAGUAUAAGAGAGGUUACGGACAGAUAGUAAACACACCGAUGGCUGUUGUCGUACAGCAAAUGAUUGACUGCGAUGUCGCCGGCGUUAUGUUCACAUGUGAUCCACUCAAUGGUGCGCCCAAUAAGAUCACCAUUAAUGCUAAUUACGGGAUCGGAGAAUCUGUUGUGUCGGCGACUGUAAAUCCCGAUAACAUUAGUCUAUUGGUGGACAUGGAAUCCAAUUCAUACGAUACUCAAUGGGAUAUCAAAUCAAUUGAUAGUGUAGUGAUUGGAGCGAAAGAAACUGCGAUAAGAAUCAGCAAAAAGUCCGUCUCCGGAGGCACUGAAGUCGAGCAAAACAUUUCAGUGAAAGACAAGUGCUGUUUAAGUGACGAACAAAUGAGAAAAUUGGGCGAAAUUGGUCUCAAAAUACAAAAGUGUUUUGGUUGUGAACGCGAUAUCGAGUGGGGUCUGAAAGAUGGCAAAUAUUAUUUGUUUCAAUCGAGACCCGUUACACAUCUGCACGCUAUGAACGAAUGGGAACUGAGCCACGAGUUGGACACCGGACACCUCGACGAGUCCGAGUACAACACUCGCGCCAAUUUGGGCGAAGUCAUGCCCGGAGCCCUCUCACCCCUAUACUUGACAUCUCUGACCAGAGCCAUGUGGCUCAGCAUAUCCGGAAACAUAUUAAAUAGCAAUGGUCUGCGAUAUGUGCCGCACCGGCGUCUCUGUCAAAGUGUUUCCAUAAGCAAUUACGCCGUCUUCUUCUCAUUAAAAGAUGUGAAUUUUCUUUCGUUCUUUGCGUUCGCUCCGGAAGAAUACGAGGAUUUUACUCAAAAAGCAUUAGUUUUGGCGGCAUUUGGACAUCCGGUGGAUGACAUCCAACUGAGAGAAGACAGUUUUGAGAGGAAUGGCAUCCCAUCCAUGAAAAUAAAGCUCUCCAAACAAAAGGACGCUUUCCUCAGCUUAUUCUCUAAAAAGGAACUCAAAUCUCUUAUUAAACGAAAGGAUGGCUUGAAUUUUGUUAAAGAAUCUAAUUAUAAGAAUUCAAAGGAAAUAUUUAAAGUAUUCGCCGAUAAUAUGACUCUCAUUUCAGAGUGUCUGGAUAUUCAUUUAAAAAUAUCGACAAAAUCAUCGAUUUAUAAUCUAAUGUUGUUAACUAUUCUCUCAAACGGAAAUAUCGAUGUCAAAACAAACACUAAUCUAUUGCCUGACUUUGCGAAUGUGUUGUCCACCACUGGGAACAGUAUAGUGAGUGCCGACGUUCCGGCGGCCAUGAAAUCAUUGGCCAAAUCUAUUAAAGAUCCGCAAAGUUUUAAACAAAAAUCUCCUGAAGAAGCCCUCGAAUGGCUCGAAAACAAUAACGAAGAGACGGGAGAACUGUAUAAACAAUUUAUGGAAAAUUACGGUUUUAGAGGUUAUAAAGAAUGGGAUUUGUUGACCACCACUUGGUCUAGAAAUAGGUUGCUGUUAGUGACAACUCUUCAGACAAUGGUUCCGUUGAGGGAAAGUCAAAGUCCAUCGGUUCUGACCAAAGAUGAACUCAUAUCUAGAAUCAAAAGUCCGAUCACAAGAAAACAGAAAUAUCUGCUGAAGAACUGGAUAUUACCGGCGUGUCAGCGAUCGGUGGCCGACAGGGAGGCCUCCAAACAGUUUGACAUCAAAUAUCCAAAAAUUGUUAUGAAAGCCAAACAACGGAAAAAGAUUUAUCCGAAACUCGAUAAAUAUGUUUACGACGAGAUGUCUAUCGGGCCUAACAUUAGACCGAGAAAUUAUAUGGACAAGAAGUCUCAGAGCGAGGCGUAUAUGAAUGGGGAAAAUGAUCCUGGUGAUAUAUUGGUCACAUACAGCACAGACAUCGGGUGGAGUCCAUACUUACCAAUGAUAAGCGGAAUUGCGACCGAAAUAGGAGGACUCGUAUCGCACGGUGCGGUCAUUGCCCGGGAAUACGGUAUUCCCUGUUUAGUGGGCGUCGAAAACGCGUGUCAUAUCAUCACUAAUGGAGAGACCAUUCUUUUGGACGCAGACAACGGACUCAUUGUUCUGAUGGCCGAACAGGACUCACAAGACUCGACCAAUUUAUAA